ACUCAUUCAUCACGAGCUCGAUCCUUAUCUAGCCAGCCGUUUUCCAUGCAUCUCGAACAGGAACAUGUGCGAUACCUAGUGGCUUGUAACGUUAUUUUCACACAUGCAACGCUAUAUUCAUGUAUUUAGUGCUAAUACUUGCUUGUAAAUAUUUCUAAGUUGAGCAACACUUCCUUGCGUGGUGUACUGGGAACUAACGUCUCGUGUUAUGGGAGAGUCACAGAGGUCAGACGAACGGUGGGCUGUCAAAAGAAAUGUCUGUGUAAAACGAGGCUUCUUCUGCUCAGACAGCUGUCUGAUGAUAUUGUAGCAUUGAUAAACUUAAAUCAUGCCUGGGAAACUAAAGGCCAAAAUUGUGGCAGGGCGCCACUUGCCUGUGAUGGACAGAGCCAGUGACCUCACUGAUGCCUUUGUAGAGGUCAAGUUUGGAAACACAACCUUUAAAACGGAUGUCUGUCCCAAGUCACUUAAUCCUCAGUGGAACUCUGAAUGGUUCAAAUUUGAGGUUGAUGACGAGGACUUGCAGGAUGAGCCUUUACAGAUCACAGUAUUGGACCAUGACACUUACAGUGCUAAUGAUGCCAUAGGGAAAGUUUACAUUGACAUUGACCCAUUACUGUGUACUGAGGCCGCUUCUGUCAUCUCAGGCUGGUUUCCCAUCUAUGAUACCAUCCAUGGUAUUCGAGGAGAGAUAAAUGUCCUUGUCAAAGUGGAGCUUUUCAACGAUUUGAACCGGUUCAGACAGUCGUCAUGCGGGGUCAAGUUUUUCUGCACCACAUCCAUUCCACGGGGCUACCGGGCAGCAAUGGUGCAUGGGUUUGUUGAGGAAUUGGUGGUGAAUGAAGACCCAGAGUAUCAGUGGAUAGACCGUAUAAGAACCCCCCGGGCCUCCAAUGAAGCUCGUCAGAGACUCAUCUCUCUCAUGUCUGGAGAGCUGCAGAGGAAAAUAGGACUGAAGGUACUGGAGAUGGGUGGGAAUGCAGUGGUGGGCUACUUGCAGUGUUUUGAUCUUGAGGGGGAGUCAGGCCUGGUGGUCCGGGCCAUAGGUACAGCCUGCACACUGGAAAAACUCAGCUCUGGAAGCAUCCUGAACACACACAUUCACCCUAACACAGCUCCUGCUUCCAAUGCCUGCAAUUCCCCUUCUAAAGAGGGAAAGGAGCCGGUAUUUGGUGAGGAUCUGCCCUCGUCCUCCGGCCCGCCUACCCCUUUCAGAGCCCUUCCCACCUCCUCUUCCUCUCCUCCCCCUUUCUCUCCCUCCAAGCCAUGCAGCCGCCAGUCUUCAUCAUCAGACACAGACCUCAGUUUGACGCCCAAGACGGAGGAGCCCCAGUCAGUGGGACGCAGGCGUGGGAUUUUCCUCUGCCCCAGCUCCCCCAUCCUUUCCACAGAUACUCUGUCCCUUCCUGGUUCUGGCUCAGCGGGCUAUGGUCACGACUCUGCCCUCAGAGCAACCACCCCGCUCCCUUCCUUCUCCGCCCAUUCAGAUUCUGCCUUGCUGAGAAAGAGCGUGUCUUUCACAGAGGACCUGCUGCUGGCAGCCUCCGGAAUGGGCAGUGGGGGGAGCGCUGGGAAAGAAGCAGGACCCCUGAAGACUCUGCUCAGGCAGCAGACUCAGACGGCUCUCGAGCAGAGGGAGUUCCCCUUCUUCACCUUGACAUCUUUCCCUCCUGGUUUCCUGGUUCACGUUGGUGGAGUUGUGAGCGCCCGCUCUGUCAAAUUACUGGACCGCAUACACAACCCCGAUGAGCCAGAGACUCGCGAUGCCUGGUGGGAGGAAAUUCGUCAGGAAAUCAAAUCUCAUGCCAAAGCUCUUGGUUGCCAUGCUGUCGUAGGGUACAGUGAGAAUACGAGCAUCUGUGAAGAGGUGUGUAUUCUGUCAGCAUCAGGCACAGCAGCCAUCCUGAAUCCGCGAUACAUGCGUGAAGGCUGCCUUGACAUCGGAAGCACUGACCACAGGUUUGAGGAGCCAUCACCUCCGAGCUGUGGCUUCUGUCACAUCCCAUAUGAUGAGCUCAACAUGCCAUUUCCUGCCCAGCUCACCUACUGUUACCACUGCAGACGGCAAAAGGUUCCUGAUGUGCUUUUCACAACCAUCGACUUGCCACCAGAGGCAGCAGUCACUGGGAAAGGCUGCCUAAUCCAGGCCAGACUGUGUCGUCUGAAGAAGAAAGCCCAGGGAGAAGUGAAUGCAACAGCCAUUUCCAACCUGCUGCCAUUCAUGGAAUAUGAGCUGCACACUCAGCUCAUGAAUAAGCUUAAAUUGCGGAGCAUGAAUGCUCUGUUUGGUCUACGUAUACAAAUAAGCGUCGGCGAAAAUAUGCUUCUGGGUCUAGCCUCUGCUACAGGAGUGUACCUGACAGCGCUGCCUGCACCAGGAGGUAUCCAGAUUGCAGGGAAGACUCCCGGUGACCUGAGCAAUGAGCAGCAUAUCUUGACUAUCCAGAAAAGGAUCAAUGACACCAUAGCCAAGAACAAAGACCUCUAUCAAAUAAACCCUCCGGAGCUGACCGAAGAAGUGGUGGGCUCCCCGAUCCCUGAGCCGAGGCAGCGAUCCAGACUUUUCCGUUCCCACUCAGAAAGCUCAGACGAGGUGUCAGAACUGGAUCUGUCCCACGGCAAAAAAGAUGCCUUUGUGCUGGAGAUUGAUGACACUGAUGCUGUGGAAGACAUCCACUCCCUCCUCACGGAUGCAUCUCCUCCUACAGGUUUCUACAGCUGCAACACUGAGAGCAUGCCUGGGAUUUAUAACUGGACUUCAGGAGUACAGAUGUUUACAUCGGUGAGGGUCUUGAGGUUGAGCAAUGUCAAUCUAACCAAUCAAGGCUUAAACAAGAUCUUCACUGACCUUUGUGAGAAUCUGCUAAAGAGUUUUUACUUCAAGUUGCGCUCCAUGAUCCCCUGCUGUCUUUGUCAGCUCAACUUCACUGUAGCAGUGCCAGAAGAAGAGCUCAUUCAGGUCGCAGUGACAGCAGUUGCCAUGACAUUUGACAAGGACCAGACUCAAGAGAAGCCAGCUGAACGGCCCAUCAGCAAAGGUGCCACUGAAACUGAAGAUCAGCUGCAGUUUCCCCUUGAGUUGUGUGCCGACUCGUCAUCUAUCAACUCUCAGCAAUCUUCCAAAAUCACAGGUGCCCCAGAGAGUACCACUGUCUCACCCAGAGCUGCCUCCGUUGAUUACGGUUCCUUUGCAGACAGAUGCAGCACCUGGCUAGAGCUGCUUAGGCUGAAAGCUCACACCAUAAGACGAGGAUCAGUUAAGACAAUCUCAUCUUUGGAGCACUGCAGUCCGCUACCCGAAGGCCGUUCCCGCUCACUGCGCUCCAGUCGCUCAUUUGGAGGCAGUUCAGUGACCAUAGUGAAGAUGACGCCGCUCUCUUUCCUCCCUGGAACGCGCAUCAUUAAAUACCUUGGGAUUAUCAACAUGUUUUUUAUCAGAGAGACAACAUCUUUACGGGAGGAGGGUGGAGUUAGUGGUUUCCUCCAUUCAUUCAUAGCAGAGGUGUUUGCAAUGGUUCGAGCCCAUGUAGCAGCUCUGGGUGGCAAUGCAGUAGUGUCCUACAGCAUGAAAGACUGUGUUUUAAUGGAAAAUCCAAACAAGAACCAGGCUCAGUGUCUCAUAAAUGUGAGCGGGGAUGCAGUUAUGUGCGUCAAGGACACGGACCAGGAGUCCAUGGCAUCAGUGACAAGUAUUGGACAGACUUGCAGUAGCACAAGUGAUGUGGCUACAUGACAAUAAAACACUGUCUGAUUUGACAAGUAGGAAGCACAGUUUGAGUGAACACUGUCUCUUAAGUCUAGCCGUCCAAAUCUAGGUGAGUUUGUUUGCCUUAAAAUUCUGAAAAGAUCCAAAGGUUUGGUCAUAUGACAAAGAAAUUAACUGUCUAAUAAACUUGUCAAAAUGCAGUCUGUAUUAAUAUGACAGUACAGAGCCUUUGUACUAAAUAAAACUGAUGCGGCUCUGUGAAUUUUUCAAACGUUUUUGGCCAAAGUGACCCCGUUAGUCUGAACCUUUCCUUUGUGUUUCAGCCGUCCACACUCGGGGUUCCCCUACAGCUACAGUAUUUUGGCCAUCCCUUUGUGUUUGGGCAUGAGUGAGGCAGCUAUAAUUAAUUUGUCCAUCCACAGAUUACAGAUGUAAUUUUAAUGGCCAUAUCAAAAGACUGAUAUAUAAAGUUUAAUUCAUAUUUUUGCAGUGUUACACUCUGCUAUGAUGCUCUCAAUUCAGAGCAUCCCAGGUAAACCUGUGAUCCACUUUAUUUUAAUGCUGGAAAAUUAAUCAGUGUCCAUUUUAAAUGUUUAUGUCUAAACUUUAUGUUGAUUUUGUUCUGUAAUGAUCUUCCUAAUUACUGCCACAGUAUUCUUCAAAGGCAGUAGCCUACAGAUACGUAUUUUCUUUCUCUUCCAGAAGGUGUCAAAUGGUGUCAUAGAUAAGUUUUUUUUUUGUUUGUUUGUUUGGUUUUUUUUUUAGAUUCUGAGGUUGUUAAAAGUUAUUUGCAUCUCUCCAAAGAGGCCCAGAUGAAGGGCCUAAUGUACAUAUAUUUUUGUAGAGAAUUUUCCCUACAAAACAGCUAUUAACAUGAAUUCCAAUAACUUUUAUGGUUUGAAAAUACCUUUUUUCAUCUUAAAAUGGGGGGGACAAACAAAAAAAAAACCCAAGUGGUAUAAUUAUAAGUUAUGGUCUUGAUUGCCCUCUAAAUGAGUGGCCAAAGGGUGAUGGGUAUACUGUUAAAUGGAAAUGGUCGUGUUGUUGAAAGUUGUCGGUUAGGGUCUACUAUGAGGGAUAUUUCAUAGGAUAAAGUUUGAGAUCUUUAUGUUGAAGCAGCUCUUGCUUCUGCCGCUGUAGGAUCAUCUCUUAAUGCACCUCGCUGUGUCAAAUAUAAUUUUGCCAAGCUUCAACACUUUUGCUUUGGCUCUCAUGUUCAUGUUAGUUUUGCUGCUGAUCUGUCUAUCUAUGUUGUCCAGUGCCAGAAGAAGCAACUUCCAGCACCAGUCCCACCUAAAAAAUAAACUGUAAAUGUUGUCUAAAACCAGAUUUUAGUAUUUUUGUAGCAAAUGAUUAAUCCUACUGCUCACUUUGCCUGUGCAAUGAAUUUAUGAUAAGAUGUGUCAGAGAUUUAGUGGUACUCUAAUCUGUGUGAUCAGGUGUUUAUGAUGAGUUUCUUAUAAUUGUGUCUAAAACUUGAAUGUACAUACUUGGAAGCGUUUGCUUUUUUGACUAGCAGCAUGCAGACCCACCUUUUAUUGCCAUGAAUCUGUAUGCUUGCCUGGUAAGUUGCACAAUAAACUCAAGUCAAACCAAA